AUGUAUCGCUCAGCGACCAAGGUUGUCUCACGACAGCGACCUCUCCAUCGACAGCAUAUUCAAACUACACUCCUUGCUUCGCAAUCUCUUCGUCGACGCUACCUUAGUCCUUCCUCCACACAGUCAUUCCGUCAUGUUCACGUUCGCGCUUUAUCAUAUAGCUCAAUACCUCGCUUUCUCGCUCGUGCGUUUCGCGUUCCGAUAGCAGGUGCAACAGUGGGUGCAGGCGGCUUGGGAUAUGCAAAUUACAAAUUUGAUGAGUUUCGUAAAAAGUCUCAAGAUUGGAUGAACACUGUUCAGGACACAGCUACAGAGCUUUUUGGUUCCGCCUCGGAUGGAAUCAAGUCCGUCAAGGACUUUGUUUCUGAAAUUCACUUACCGACUGUCGAAACCCCUCAGUUUUUCAAAGAUUUAUUGACUGGCUCUGAUUCCGGAAAAGAUGGUUUUUCGUCGUCAUCGUCGUCUUCGGGCUCAAGUAACAAUAAUAACCACCCGUCUAUGCCGCCUGCUGUUGGAGUUGCCGCUGCUGUUGCCUCCACGCUUGAGGAUCAACAGCCAUUUGGUGACGACAAUAACGACCUUAUGAUGCUUACCAAAAAGCUCAUUGAAAUACGGAGUAUGCUUCUCAGCAUCGACCAAAGUGAUGCUCUCAAGUUGCCGAGUAUUGUCGUGAUCGGCAGUCAAAGUUCUGGCAAGAGUUCCGUACUCGAAGCGAUUAUCGGUCAUGAAUUUUUACCCAAAGGUAACAAUAUGGUGACUCGCCGCCCCAUCGAGCUCACUCUCAUACACACACCCCCGACGUCCACGAAUCCACACCCGCUAGAAUAUGGCGUUUUCCCCGCUUUGGGUCUCGGGAAAAUCACUUCUUUCUCUACCAUCCAACGCACCCUCACCGAUCUCAACCUUGCCGUUCCCCAGUCCGAGGCAGUUUCUGACGACCCUAUUCAACUCCAAAUCUACUCGCCGCACGUACCAGACCUUACCCUCAUUGAUUUGCCUGGAUAUGUCCAACUGUCCUCCUUGGAUCAGCCUGAAGAGCUCAAAGCAAAGAUUUCUGGUUUGUGCGAGAAGUACAUUAAGGAGCCUAAUAUUAUCCUUGCCGUCUGUGCAGCAGAUGUCGAUUUGGCCAAUUCGCCUGCCCUGCGUGCAAGUAGACGUGUGGAUCCUUUAGGUCUCCGAACGAUCGGGGUAAUUACCAAGAUGGACCUGGUUGAACCUGAGAGAGGAAGGGAAAUAUUACAAGGAGACCGAUACCCAUUACACUUGGGAUAUGUAGGGGUCGUCGCGAAAGGAGGGAAGGAUUCUGAAGAUUUUUUUGUGAAACAUAGAUCGAUAUUCAGGAAUGAGGCGCCUCCGGGGAUCUUGACAAAGGAGGAAAGUGGGAAGAAGGAUAAGAAAGAGAAGGAGAAGCGGGUUCUUAUCGGCACACCUACACUUCUUUCUCUCUUAAAACACGUCCUAUCGUUGUCAAUGUCUUCAUCGCUCCACACCAUCACUAAUGCUGUCCAACUUGAGCUCGAGUCGGCGCAGUAUCAGUUCAAGGUGCUUUACAACGAUACUAGACUCACUCCGGAGUCUUACCUUGCGGAAACCCUUGAUCAGCUCAAAGCGAGGAUACGGGAAGCACGAAAGGAAGUCUUCAAUCGAGCGGAAGUUCGAGAACGCGUGCGAGGGUUAAUGGAAGAGAGGGUGAUGGACGUGAUGGAGGGCGUGUAUUGGGGGGAUCCCAAGGGCGUCCAGGAGUUGACAAGAGGUGCCGUGGAAGGGUGGCGGUUGUCUUCAUCGCCGUCCAGUUCGAACUCGGACGGCAGCAGUAGUUCCUCCAGCCGUGACGCUGCCCCAGAUGACGCGAUGCAAAAUCGUUUCCGGCAUCUGCUUGAAUCUGCAUCCUCGCUCUUGACGAAAUCGGGAGUUGGUAGAGCCACAACCUUGUUGGUUGCUGAUGCCCUGAGGGAAGUUAUCGAUUCCUCUCAUUCAACUCCAACGAAUUCUUUGUUGACGUACGAGCCGUGGAUACAUCACCCGAAAGCACGCGACCUUAUAGUCGAGUUUGCGAACAGUAUUCUGCGAGAACGCGUUGGCGUUGCGGCGGAUAUGGUUGAAAACAGCGUGAAGCCGUUCAAGUACGUUGACGAAGUCGAGGAAGAAUUGCUGGAAGCAGAGGGGGUAAUUGAUCCUCGUAAGAAGAACCGCCAACAGCCGGGUGGUGGUUGGUUCGGGAUCACCUCCUCCCCGUCUUCCACAUCGUCAGGAGGUUCUGGGCAAUGGGAUCGAGCGCGGAUAAGAUCCGUAGAACUUCUUGGAAGGGAGAAGGCUAUGUGUGAGACAAAGUUGGCUGAGAUUCGGAGAAAGGUUGGAGGCAGUCGGCGAUUGAACGCGCUGGUCGGAUACGUCCAGGAGCUGGAAGAAAAGCAACGGACGAAUAAACCUCUGGAAGAAGAGAGAAAAGACUCAAUCGAUUAUCGUUUUACCCCUGCUCAAAUUCUGGAUGCCAGGCACGCAAUAUUGUACAACGAUCGCAUUGAUGUUUUGAAUCUGCGACUAAUGGCUUUGAAGUCAAAACGUUGUCGACAGCUUACUGGGACACAGAACGAUGUACUUUGUCCAGAAGCCUUCCUCAAUGUGGUAGCUGACAAACUGGCGUAUACGAGCUCAAUGUUCUUAAAUAUCGAGCUUUUGGAUCAGUUCUUCUAUCAAUUCCCUCGUGAAGUCGACGCGCGACUGCUGUAUGAUUUGGACCAGAAAGAGAUUGAAGAGUUCGCGAGGGAAAAUCCGGCCGUUAAGAAACACCUCGAGCUACAGGAGCGAAAGGAUAAGCUCGAGGAGGUUAUGAAACAGCUGAAUAGUCUGUCUACCCUCCGCCAGCCCUCUACAGAUUCUCAGUCAUCGAGUGGGAGGAGAAGUAGGGGUUUGUUCCGUAGUUUGAUUUGA